GCGUACGGAAGAUGCAGAAGAGCAGGCAAAAGCUGGUAACCAAGCAACUCUUGUUUGGCCGUUUUUUCUUGUUUCAAGUUACGCCCUCAAUGCAGUGAGCAUCGACACGUGUGUUGCGGACUCCGGCUCCAGAUUAUUUCCUAUAUGCCCUCAGCUAGCUCGAGCGUCAUUCCUGGAAGAUCAAGUGCAUGCUCUCUGCUGGUUCUUAAUGAAGAACUUUCCGACAAUGACAAUGAGACCAUGAUUCCAGUUUUGGUGUCAAAGAAAGCAAGUGAACUACCAGUCAACGAAGUAGCCUGCAUUUUACAGGCUGACCUACAGUACGGUUUGAGCCAAAGUGAAGUGUCCCGUCGACGUGCCUACCAUGGCUGGAAUGAGUUUGAUAUCAGUGAAGAUGAGCCUUUGUGGAAAAAAUACAUUUCACAGUUUAAAAACCCACUCAUUAUGCUCCUGCUGGCAUCCGCUGUUAUCAGCGUCUUAAUGCAUCAGUUUGAUGAUGCCGUCAGCAUCACUGUGGCAAUCAUUAUCGUCGUCACUGUUGCUUUUGUACAGGAAUAUCGUUCUGAAAAGUCACUGGAAGAACUGGGAAAGCUGAUGCCUCCAGAAUGUCACUGUGUGCGAGAAGGAAGAUUGGAGCAUUUACUUGCAAGAGAACUAGUACCUGGCGACACAGUAUGCCUGUCCGUUGGAGAAAGAGUUCCUGCAGAUUUACGACUGUUUGAGGCUGUUGAUCUGUCGGUGGAUGAGUCAAGUCUCACUGGGGAAACAACACCGUGUGCAAAAUCUACAGCUCCUCAACCUGCUGCGAACAAUGGUGACCUCACGUCAAGGAGCAACAUUGCUUUCAUGGGAACACUGGUUAGAUGUGGAAAGGCUAAGGGUAUUGUCAUUGGCACAGGGGAAAAUUCAGAAUUUGGUGAAGUUUUCAAGAUGAUGCAGGCAGAGGAGGCUCCAAAAACUCCUUUGCAGAAAAGUAUGGACCUUCUUGGAAAACAGUUGUCUUUAUAUUCUUUUGGCAUCAUAGGUGUCAUAAUGCUUGUUGGUUGGCUGCAAGGAAAGCAUCUACUGGAUAUGUUUACCAUUGGAGUGAGUUUGGCCGUUGCAGCUAUUCCUGAAGGUCUGCCCAUUGUUGUCACAGUAACAUUAGCUCUGGGAGUGAUGAGAAUGGUGAAGAAACGUGCCAUUGUGAAAAAGCUGCCUAUUGUUGAAACCCUGGGUUGCUGCAAUGUAAUCUGUUCAGACAAAACAGGAACCCUAACAAAGAAUGAAAUGACCGUCACUCACAUAUUUACAUCUGAAGGACUCCAUGCAGAGGUUACUGGUGUUGGAUACAAUAACUCAGGAGAGGUAAUCCUGGACGGUGAGGUGAUACAUGGAUUUUCUGUGUCAUCAAUAAGUAAAAUAGUAGAGGCUGGUUGUGUUUGUAAUGAUGCAGUUAUCAGAAAUAAUACUUUAAUGGGAAGACCUACUGAAGGAGCUUUAAUUGCUUUGGCUAUGAAGAUGGGUUUAGAAGGUCUUCAUCAUGAAUAUAUUAGGAGGACUGAACAUCCCUUUAGCUCUGACCAGAAGUGGAUGGCAGUCAAAUGUGUCCAUCGAACUCAACAGGAUAAACUAGAAAUUUACUUUAUGAAGGGUGCUUAUGAACAAGUCAUACGUUACUGCAGUCAUUACAACAGCAAAGGUGUAGCUCUGCCACUCACACAACAACAAAAAGAGCUCUACCAGCAAGAAAAGACUUACAUGGGUACUGCAGGCCUUCGAGUUCUUGCUUUUGCGUCUGGCUCUGAGCUUGGACAGCUCACUUUCCUGGGCCUGGUGGGAAUCAUCGAUCCUCCAAGGACAGGCGUAAAGGAAGCAGUGGCAGCACUCAUCAACUCUGGGGUGGCCAUAAAAAUGGUUACUGGAGAUUCACAAGAGACUGCAGUGUCUAUAGCCAGCCGACUGGGUUUGUUUUCAAAAGGAUCUCAGUCACUUUCUGGAGAAGAGUUAGACAACAUGGAUAUUCAGCAUCUCUCUCAGAUAGUUCCAAGGGUAGCCGUCUUUUACAGAGCCAGCCCAAGGCACAAAUUGAAAAUUGUAAAAUCUUUGCAGAACAUUGGCGCGGUCGUUGCCAUGACAGGUGAUGGAGUGAAUGAUGCAGUGGCACUGAAGGCUGCAGAUAUUGGUGUUGCCAUGGGCCAGACAGGCACUGAUGUGUGCAAAGAAGCCGCCGACAUGAUUCUGGUGGACGAUGACUUUCAAACAAUUAUGUAUGCAAUUGAAGAAGGUAAAGGAAUUUACAACAACAUCAAAAACUUUGUUAGAUUUCAGCUUAGUACGAGUAUUGCUGCCUUGACGUUAAUCUCUUUAGCUACAUUAAUGAAUUUCCCUAAUCCUCUGAAUGCAAUGCAGAUUCUUUGGAUUAACAUCAUUAUGGAUGGGCCACCUGCUCAGAGCUUGGGGGUUGAGCCUGUUGAUAAGGACGUCAUAAGGAAACCUCCCAGAAAUGUUAAAGACAGCAUUCUCACUAAGAAUUUGAUUGUGAAGAUCUUGGUUUCAUCGCUCAUCAUUGUUUGUGGCACACUGUUUGUCUUCUGGAGAGAGCUACGUGACAAUGUCAUCACUCCAAGAGACACAACAAUGACCUUCACUUGUUUUGUAUUUUUUGACAUGUUCAAUGCAUUAAGUUCAAGGUCACAGACUAGAUACGUAUUUGAGAUUGGUUUGUGUAGCAACAAAAUGUUUUGUUAUGCGGUGCUGGGAUCCAUAAUGGGGCAGCUGCUUGUAGUUUACUUUCCACCACUGCAGAAAGUAUUCCAGACAGAAAGCCUCAGCAUAUUUGAUUUAAUUUUUCUGCUUGGAUUAACCUCUUCAGUUUGCAUUGUAUCUGAGAUCAUAAAGAAGAUACAAAAAGGAAGGGAUCGAAUCCAAAAAGAAAAUGUCCCCUUUCAUGAAGUAUGAUGCAUAUUGCAUCUUAUGUACAAUUUAGCUGUAUCUCAAGAUGAUCAAGGACUGGAGAAAGCCCCGAGUAUUUGGCUGUAAUUAUUAUUUUGUAUUAAGACUUGUAUUUCAAACUCUUAGUAGCGCAUCCACACCUUGAACUCUACAAGGAAGGCACUUGCUGAACUACAGGUGAUGUAGGCCACACCGUUUUUUCCUUGAAGAUUUGAUUUGCUGCUUUUUGUUACAGUAUCCUUGUUUAGAGGUAUCUAUUAAAAAAAAACAAAACAAACAAUAUUUAUGUCACUUUUACUCCUAUAAUUUUUAGAGCUUUUAUUGGUACUGUAUGUAUUUUUUUAAUUUUUAAGUUUUUCUUUUUCCUUAUAAAAUAUGGUGAUGGAUAUUGAAAGUGCAGUUUGGAUGUUACAUUGAGGCAUUCCAUUUGAUGACUGAGUGAUAAAAGAUUCUUUUAAUUUAUGAUUAUGUUUAUGAACAAAUUCUGGGAGACCCUUGUGCUAUCGUUUUGUAUACAGAUGACUUAACAGGUGAUGACCACUAUAAAUUCAUGUCUUUUUGUGACUGACAAACCUUUUUAUACAUAAACAAAAAAAAGAACAUUUUAUGUUUGUAUUUUUAUGGAGAAAGUGUGAACUGAAUUAUGUGUGACCUGGUAUUGAAUGAAACGGGUGCAAAUACAGGAUUAUGCAUGACUAAGUACUGAAGUUGUACAGAAAUCAGGCUUCAUUUCAAGUUUAAUAAAGUGUGGUAUAUUAGUUGUGUUAUUGAAUAAAUGAAUACACAAGUAAACAAAUCCUGUCAAAUGUAAUCAGAAGGAACCAAAAUUAUUCUCCAAUGACUGAUUUUUUCCUAGUAUACUGAAAUUAAAGAUUAGUUUGAUUUGACCAAAGUACUUUGUGGGCACAGCAGUGGGCUGAAGCCUUUUCUGACUUAGAGAAGGUGAUGUUAGGUUGUGUUAAAUUGUGACUAGGCAUGAGACAAAACACUUAGCCCCACGGUACAAUUCGUCUGGCAAUUCACACUUCACGAUAUGAAACUUUCGUAAAAGAAAUGUACUGAAUAUUUUGUGUUAUUCGCUGUUAGUGUGGAAGAAAAAUAGAAAGAUGUCUUUACUGCAGUACAAUGUUGUAACUUGUUCUGAAUGCUCCCGUGAUCUGUUUCCCAGCUCAUAAAGGUAUUACGAUCCCCCCCAAAUCCCACUGUCCUCUUAUCUGACGUAUGUCAUACGUGGCUGUAGAACUUUUUUUCACUGACUGCACAAGUUUGAAGACGUGAAACAAUAAACAAAGGUGGGCAGCUGACGGUAAUUCUUACAGUUUCACAAAUGUUAAUUUUGUUGGAGAAAUGAUUACAGGAGACGCCCCUUAUCUAUAAGUGAUACAGUCCAAAACCUUUAAUGUUGCCUGACACCACAGAUAAGUAGCGAACCCUGUAUACAAGUCGUUUAACACUUAGAUGCUUACCUAUGAUAAAGUUUAAUUGAUAAAUUAUUCACAAUAAGACAUUACCAACAAUAAAAAUAAAAUAAAAUUUAAAAAUAAAAUAAAAAGUAAUAUAAUAAUGUACAGUGGAGUUUAAUUGUCCCCUCUCUCCCUCUCUCUUACUCGCUAAUGAAACUGUCAGCGCAGCAAAAACGGCAUCAGACACAGAGGCGCCCCGACCCCAUGUAUGCUGGGUUCUCACUGCACACGGAAUGCGCCAUUGCAGAUGAGCCGCUGUGUAUAAAAAGUGGUAAAAGCACGUACUCAGAAUGGCGCAAGAUUUGAAACUUAGAAAUCGUUUAUUUUUUGGAAUUUUUACAUUUAACAUUUUCAGGCCAUAGUAAAAAUCCGAGGGUUCUGCUGUAAUUAGUUCUUAUCUGCCUUUCACAGUUUAAAACCCUGGAGGUGCGUGAUUAGAGUCGCAAACAAGGAUGUAAUGUAAGGAAACACAUCUAUCAGGGGGUAGCAUUUCCUAGGGGAAACACUGCAAAAUAUGUAUUUGUGCACUGAUUUGAAUGCAAAUUUUGUGACCUUUUUUUUUUUGUUAAAAGUAAAAGCCUAAAUAGUAACAUAAAAUAUUUAUCCUGCAGUAACAUCAGACAUGUUGCACUGUACUCUGUACACCUGACUAUAAGGACCACCUAUGAUAUAAAGUGGGUGCAGUACAAAACCCCCCAGAUCUAAAUUGAUCUUUUUUGUUUUCUGAGCUCACAUCAAAUUCCAAUAACGUCGCUCCAGUAAUGGCCGUCUUUUUAUAUCCUGCUCAUGAUGCCUUUCGGGAUAAGGUUUUCCUUUUCCAGAUGUCGCUGUCCAUGAGUGCCAGUUUCUUCCACUGGAUCUUCAAUUCCAUGUAGUAGCGGUACAUUUAAGAUGUCUCACUUAAUGGUUGUUAUCUGUCCUGUCGUCUGUAUAAACACAGGGAACUCCAGUUUCUGUAUUACAUCCUCCCUGUAGAAGGGGUCUAAGUUGCGUUGAAAGCGGGCAUAUUGUAUUUUUAGUUAGCCAAUAAAAGGGGUCAUUUUUCUUGACUUCUCACUACAUUCAUUAUGGCUAACACCCUAGUACUAUACCCUGCUCGAAUAACUUACUUACCUGCAAGCCGUGGGUCCUGACUGGAUCUAUAAAGAACGUAUAACGUUAUAUUUCCUUUUAAGAAAAAUGAGAAUAUUGACACUCUGUAGGAACCCGAGACCUUCCUGCCGUGACAGUGUCACCUGCAUUUGCUCACGGGGUACAGACAUAGCGGGAACCAGCAUCAGAUUUGACUAGAAAAUCAAGCGUUUUGAAUUUUGCUGCCUUCUCUCUCUGCCAUGCUAGUAGACGGCUAUUGACAGAUCCACUGGUGUAUUUAUUAUUCCUCAAUUCUGUUAUCUAUCCCAUUUCAGUGAGUGCACAUUCAUGCGCACACACAAAUCCGGGAUGAGGUGAGUCACCAAGUUAAGCCAGAAACCUGCUUUCUUAAAAACCUCCAUUCACAUGCGGAAGUCUACUUCUGGAGUUCUCCUUUAGCAAAAUGUUUCAACGUCAUUAAACUGUGCAAAAAAAGAGUUAAACGUCAUCAUCGGCCGCCACAAAUCCAAAAACGAGGAUGGAAGUUCUGGAAAUUUUUUUGUGUUUUAUAAGUAUGUUUAGUCCUUCAUGUGCUGUGAAGUAAAUAACAUUUAUGCUUGAGCCACCGGUCAUUCACGGUAUAAACACUGGCCGCUGUGUCACCAGGUGACACUGUUUCAACAUAUCUAUAGCAAAUACAAACUAAAACUUAACACUUUAUUAAUAAUGCUUCUGUUACUGGAUUGCACACAGCUCACUCUUUUCUCUUUGGUUGUGCGAAUGAGCCCUGCAAAGGACUGGCAUAAAAGUACAUGUGCCUCAUGCCUCACAUCCAGUGCUGCAGGGAUGAUAAUAACACAGGUAUUUUUACUUCAAUAAAAAAAAAAGUUGUAUUGCGUUAGGUUACUCGUUUUUUUAAAAAGUAAUCGGACUAUGUAAUAUUUUUUAUUUUUAACAUGUUACCCACAACACUGCUCCUGACAUUGUGAUGUUGAGCUUAGCGCUUCAAGUUAAAUUUACCAAUUUGUGAAAUAUUGAGACAGAUUAUUUCAACCAGGAGGAGAAGGAGCCAUGCGGUCGCCCAAGCAUUUGACUCUGGAAGUUUAUCUUGUGGACUUUUCUAACUGUGGCUGCUGUGUGUGCAAAGCAAAGACGUGUGUAGGCUGACACAGUGCAACGAACUACAAAAUCCUUAACUGUAUCCCAGUUAAGGGAUUAUGUGGCCACAAAUACGGGUUACUCACGGAAGAAGUCUGCAUGUGUUAACUUUAUUUCUCAGUGACCAUUAAGCCAAACUUCUCUUCAUGGCAUUUUAGAAACCAGGUUUUAUGUAUAAACAGGUUAUUAAAGCACAUGUGAAUGCACUCAAUGAAAGGAGUUAUCUACAGUAUGUCCUGAGCACAUUGGUGGCUCAUGGGAACUGCAGUACAACUGGCUGCUCCCAGUAGACUUUGAGUAUAUGUUACGGCCAAAACCCAAAGUUCUUCCAGUUCCCGAAUUGGCAGCCAUUUCGCAUUUUGGCCAAGAGGUGUGGCCAAAGUCCGAAUUUCUAGAAAUGACCAGUGUAUAUGCUACUUUGGCUGGCCAUUUUGCAAAGUGACGAGAAAUCCCUGGCCAAAAUUCGAUGUGCUGAUGUAAGACUGUCCACUCAAGGUGCAAAGAUGCUUAAAAAUUCAGAUGCAGAUUCAGAAGUAAGUUUUCCAUUCUGCACGAGAAACGGCUCACACUGGAAUCUGUAGGCACAGAAGAAAAAUCACUACGAACCGUCGCAUCUUCCCAAUCACUGAGCGGCGGCCAAGGCUACUCUUGAUGCAGUUGCACUACUAAGUGCGCAACAAAUCACUGCUCAUGUAUUUUUUCUUCCUACUUUGGCCGAUCACCCCAUGCUAUUUCGCAAACUGGCUGGCCAAAUCCCAAAAUCAAGGAAAAGACUGGACAUUAGCUGGUCAAAUUACAGCGACAUUGGCCAUUUCCCAAUUUGGCCGGACACUUCCCACUUUGGCUGAUUUCGGGUUUUGGCCGUAACAUAUAUAAAAACCUAAGCACUUCAGCAAACAGACAAACAAAACUGUAUGGCCGCCAUCAGGAACCAGAACAGAUGCCGUGACUUUCUUAAACCCCCUAAUUCAUGAAGAUUAAUGUUUGUGCUUUGGCAGUCUCAAUAGAGUUCAAUUUCAAAACAAGCCUGUGAAUACAGUGAGCAUCUAUGAAAAAAACGUUACAAUUUCCCAUAAUUCUCUGAUGACGUGACUCGCUAAGUUAAAUGCGUGUGUGAAACGUGUCACCUGCGAUGCCAGCCCACUUUUACAUAUGGUUGAUUUCUACCCUGUGCAUCAGCAGCUUUCACCUUCACGUCAUUAUGCGGACAGCGAAUGACGCUUCUGCCAUUGUACAGUCAGUUUGGCCCGCCCUACCUACCUUAGUUCUAAUCUUCAGUCCAAUUUUGAAAUCCCCUGCUUUCGACAAAAGACGCUUCUGUUUGCCAUUUGUGUUUCAUUUCAGUCGUGUGAUUUCGUCUCACGAUACGUGGCCAUGUUUCGUAUUAGCAGUAUUUUGUAUUGUGAAAUUCCAUCCAACAGAGUUUUGUCUCAUGCCUAAUUGUGAUUGAUACCUGCUGGGCUUGCUCAAAAUGUCCUACUGAGUAACUAAAGCCCACCAACACUGGACAGUAACGGCGAGUAUUUGGGACACAUGGGUAGCCCAUUAGAGUUUACACUUUCUAAUCAACACGGUGACAUACUGUGAUUUAGAUGCUUUCCUAGAGGAAAGUUUUUUUUGUACUUUUUCUUUCCCAAUUGAGAACAAAAUUAAAAGUUAAAGAAAUUUUCACAAAGCA